CUGCUGCUGUUGGUACACAUGAAGAGAUUCCUACCGCCUACCGGAGGUUCCUCUGAUACAAGCACCGGCAAGAAAACAUGUGGGGAACCAACGUGCAAGCACAAGUCUCUGCUGAUCACAGCAAUCCACGAGUGCCCUUGCGGGCGGCCGAUGCAUGCCUUCUGCGGGCGAGGCAUCGGGGAUGAAGGCUACGGGCAGCAGCGAAUGUGCACGGAUUGUCAGAAGAGAACGGAUGAGGGCGGGAUCGGCACCAGCAGCAGUCCCAUGGAGGUGGACAGUGGAGACGACAGCGAGAACAGCUCGUCGCACCCGGCCGGGCGCAAGAAGCCAGAGACUGGAGGGAAGGGGAAAGGGCGUCAACGUACCGCGGAGACAAACUCUCAACGGCGCAGCGGUUGCAGCUUGUCAUCGAGAUCCGAGGUGGCGCUAAAAGAAAGGCGGUUGCUGCAAAGUUCAACGUCGGCACAUCAUACGUGA